AGGAGUGGAGGAGGAGAGAGGUUUUAGGCAAAGCAAGCAGCAACUCUGCAAGUUGAGUCCUGAGGAAAUGCUGUGGGAACUGAAGCCAGAGGGGGAGGGCCUUUCUGUUCUGUUCACUUGCUCUCCCUUGGCUUGUGGCUGAAAGGCAGGAGGAAAGGAAUCGGUCACUUAAAUGUGCCUCUGCCUGAGGCUUCCUUUGGAGGACUUUAUUUCUGCUCCACAGCAGCAACAAACCCCUGGACAUGGCUCUCUCAGGAGGCUUCUGGCUUGUUGUUUUCAUCACAGGCCUACAGUUUUACCCGAUGGUGGUUUCCACUGCAGUCUGUCUUCACUUGUGUUCUUCCAACUGGAAAGGUCUCCAGUGAUGUGGCUUUCACCACUUCCCCUGGGAAACUAUCCUCUGUCCUUACAAAUCACCCCUCCCUGUAGCAGCGAGCAACACUACGAACAUUUUGGACGAUGCUGCACCAAAUGUGAGCCAGGAAAAUACAUGUCCGCUAAAUGCACUUCCACUUCAGGCACUGUAUGCCAGCCCUGUGGCCCAAAUGAAUAUAUGGAUGUCUGGAAUGAAGAAGAAAAGUGCUUGCUCCAUAAAAUAUGUGAUCAAGGAAAAGCUUUAAUAGAAGUGAAUCCAGGAAACGGCACAUCGCAACGACAGUGUGCCUGUAUUUCUGGCUAUCAUUGGAAUGAAGACUGUGACUGCUGCCGACGAAACACAAAAUGCCUCCCAGGCUCUGGAGUCAAGCAUCCUGUACAACAAAAUAAGGAUACAGUGUGCAUGCCAUGCCCCAGCGGAUACUUCUCUAAUGUCUCUUCCGCAACUGAUGCAUGCAAAACAUGGACAAACUGCACAGCUCUAGGAACUGAGGAAAAAAGUCCUGGAAAUAGUUGGGCUGAUGUAGUUUGUAAGAAGCAACUGAAGAUGCAUGCACAAGAUGAAACCAAUACAUUAUUUUAUAUAUUGAUUACUCCACUCCUCCUCGUUGCCUUGGUUGGCAUUGCUGCCUUUGCUAUAUUCUAUCACAGCAAAGGGAAAUCAUUGACAGCAGAUUUACAGUACUGGGCUAAUGAAAUAUGCAAGCAAAUAAAAAGGACAAAGGACUCUCCUCAUGAUACAUUUGUAAAUACAAACGUGGCAAGUCCUGCUGGUCUUCGGCUUUUGGGACGGACAUAUUUGCUGGACCUUGAUGAAUAUUCUUUUUCUGAGGACGCAUGUUACCAACAUGGACACAUUGUAAAUGGAAAAGGUGGCCCUGAUACAAUCCACUAUGAAUCAGGAGAGGACUUCCCGACACUGUCUCUUGCAAUUGUGUCUGAAGAUGACCGCUUUAGGCAGAUCCCCACAGAAGAUGAAUAUAUGGACAGAAUGACCCAGGGGCCUUGUUAUUUUCCUUUACUGAGUAGACCUGAAAACAAACCUGUGCCACCAUUCUCAGAGCCAUUAGAAGUGGGUGAGAAUGAUAGUUUAAGUCAGUGCUUCACAGGAACUGAAAGUUUGAUGGACUCAACAAACUACUGUUGCUCAGACUCUUCAUAUGUAAUGGACCCCAUUCAUGAUCCCUCACACAAAUGCCUACAGAACUAUUGUCAUCAAUCUACUUGUAGCAACAUGGGAGAUGUUGACAACCAAGGCAUAGGCACCUCCCUCUUAAUACCCAAGGAGACCAUUAGAUGCACUGCUUGUUGUGUGUCUUGUAGAGAGUCUCCCAACAAAGCUGGCAGUGCCACACAUUCUUUAAAAGAAAGUGGACCAUUUCCGCCAUGCUCCUGUGGCUUGGAUUUUCCCUCUGAGGAUCACAAUGGUUCAGCAAGCAAUGCUGGUGUCAGAAAUGACCCAUCUGAUGGAAAUGGUAUGAGGAAACAGAAUGCAAAAAGACCAUCUGAAUCCAAAUGCAGCACUUCAGAUCUUCCAGCAGCAUCUGGAAAUGUGACUGGAAACGGUAACUCUACAUUCAUUUCAAGUGGACAAGUCAUGAAUUUUAAAGGUGAAAUCAUUGUUGUCUAUGUGAGUCAGAAUUCCCAAGAAGGGUCUAUGUCUCCUGGAUCAAGUGAUGACAGCCUGGGGAGCCCAGUGCAAGAGGAAAAUCUGAACUGCUGCGAGACAUUUGCGGGCAAUGCUCACCAAUAUAAGGAAAAAUAUGCUGAAAUGAAUUCAUAUCACAGUGUGGGAAAUGAACCACAAAGCACUGUGAGAGAGUACAAGAGGACUUCUGGGCCUAUCGUUCAAGAAGAGAACGACGAGGAUCAGAAUAGGAAACUUUUCUAUAACGAGGCCUCACAACCUGUUCAAGAAGAGGGAAAGCCAGGGCAGUUUCCAAAGCAAACAUUGCACUAAUGGAAAUCAGUGCUUGCUGGUUUCUGGCAUUCAGUCAAAAGGACACAAUUACUGAAUGUGUUCUGGAAUACAGCACCUGGAUAGCCCUCAAUAGUGGAAAAACAUCUAGUAGUCGUUUUGAAGUCAAAUUGCUGUUACUGACACAUUACAAGUGGGGCCUUCAGUUUUCUUGGUGAUCCCUCUGCUAUAAAAGUAAACAGGAUACUCUUGAAUGCUUUGGUGCUAUACGGUGUAUUUCUCACAACAAGCUGAAUACUUGGGAAUUCAGGCACAAAAUGUGUUGCUGUUGUUCCAAAUGUCCCAGAUGCAGGGAAUUAAGCUCCUAAGCAUCUUGUAGAUACUACAAAAGUCUUUAGUCUCGCAUUUGGUUAAAAUGGUAGACUUGCCAUGUACAACCACAACAUUAAAACAGGAGUCAUGGUUUUUUUCCCCUUUAAUGGCAUGAGUCUGGAUUCCUCACCUUUGCUAUGAAAAAAACAGGCAUAGAUGCCAGUUACUUAGUUGUCAAUCCUGCCUCUCGCUAUGCUUCGGGCAGGCUUUCUAACUUUUUUUGCUUUUAAAACACCACAUGCACAUUUAUUCAUCUAAAUGUUCAUUGAUCACCUUGUUCUUUAAAAGCAAAUCCAGUUUUUUUAAAUCCUCUCUGGAUCUCAGUUUGGGUGGAAACAUGUCCUUGCAGGCUGCAGCCAAUCAGCACUGUACUCAUCUGGUUUCUGUUGCAAAUUUGCCCUGAGGUCAACUCUGGAGAGAAGUGGUUUGUUUGACCAGAACAUGCUGGGUGUGUUUCCAGAACAGCUCCAUUACUCAAUAUUUCAUUUGUUGCAUAGCCUCUGAUUCUGAAUUUUAAAAUUUAAAAAACAAUUUAAACACAGACUAUAACUUAAUAUUUCAUUGUAGCUAAUGAUUGUUCCCUCAAAUUUGAUAGUCGAGAUACCAUGUAGGUACCAUGUAGCAGAAGGAAACAAAAUGCAUGGGUUUUUUUCUACCACCCCUUUUCCUGGCAUAGCGGCUGAGAUGAAGGGCCACAGGACCAGGCCGAAGAGGCUCAGGAUGUGGUGGAAGUCCCCGUCCACUCAGUUCCAUCCUGACACACACCUAGUAUGCCUGUUUUCCAGGCUUUACAUCAGUUCUGCUUGCGUCGGUCUCAGCUGAGCUAGCUGGGCUCCGGCUGCUCCUGGAUGGCAGUGGAGUUACCCGGUUGGACCCAGGGGGGACUUCUGCUGGAGGAACUCAAUGGCACCCACACCCUUCCUUCUUUGCUGCAUCCUGAAGCCUCUCAGCCCAGGGUAUCCAUCACACGGAUUGUGCCCUAAAAUAGCAAUCCUGUGCACACUUACCUGAGAAAUAGCCCAACUGAGGGUCAGUAAUAAACUUGGCUAAAAAAGGAUUACCCAUAGCCUAAAGCUAAGACCCAGUUUACGGUUUCUGAGCAACAAAAUAGGCAUCAUUUCCAUGGUUGCUCCUGGGUAGGGAUGGGCAAAAAAUUCAAUUCAGUUUACAUUUCAAGCCAAGUCUAUCAAAGUUGCAGUUUCCAAAACAAUAUGAGAAAUGGAACAGAGCCAUCCUUUGAAAUUUGUGCUUAUUUGAAUUUUGCAAUGCAGGUCACCAACCAAACAAUGUUUACAAAAAUGCAUAUGUUAAGGGAAAGUGUGCAUAAAAAUGAAUAUAUGAGUGAAAAUAACAUACAAAAUGCAUUAUAUGAUGAGAAAUUGCUUGCAAAAAUGUGUACAUUAGUCAAAACUGUCUAUAAAAAUGUGUGUAUUAGGAGAAAUUUGCACCCAAUUGCUGCAGAAUUUUCAUGAGGUUCUUUUUUUUAAAAUUGCAAAUUGCUACAGAAAUGUGGAGGACUGGAUUUAAGAUUGGAAUAAUGAGAAACUGAGAGAACUGAAAGAACUGAAAUUGACAGGUUUUUCCAUCCUUAUUCCUUGGUCAUUCCAGUUAUGUAUAAAGCUCCACCCAAGUAGUUAUAACAAUUUGUGCCUCCUCCAUCUGCCUGGUUUGGAGGGGUGGUUGAUCCACCCCACCCACACCCUUUCCUAUCACAUAUUUAAAGAUUGAAGUGGUAAAUCCAAUCUUUGUUUGCUCCAGUGAAACAUUGUAGAUUAGUUCAUCUGGAAUUAAGGACACAGAUUUACACAGAAUUGUGCACACAUGCUUUGCACACAUUCUCCUUUUGAACAAAAGGGUAUAAAAUGUGUUUGAGGCUGUACUGUAUAAGUGUUAUCUGCUGCCUGUACUUUGUGCUGGCAACCAUGGGGAGAGAACCAAGAAAGCUGUACCUUUCUUUCAUAAUAAUAUAUGAAAUAAAAACACAUAUAUUAGUAACACUAAAAGUGGAAAUAAGAACACAAAAUGCUUAUCUCAUUCCAAUGGAAUCCAACAAAAUAUGAAAAGGAUACAAAUUAGUGCCAGGGAAGAAUUUUCUGCCAAAAGUUGGUUGCUUUCUGCUGAUUGUGUAAAGUAAAUCCUUCCAUUGCAGGCCGUUGUCAGUCAGGAGCAAGAAUGCUCACAAGAUUAAUCAUGCUGCCCUCUGCUGGCCUUUUCCUUUGCAGCUGAUUCUGCUGACUCAUCAUUACCAUACUUUAAUGCCCCAGGAAAAUCAGCACAUUGGUUCUGGAUGCUUGCCUGCCUCCCUUCUGUCUGCCCAGCAGCAUUCAUGUGAACAUGAGCAAGCAGUGUUAGGUACUUGCGUGGGAUCAUUCAGGAAAGAGUGCCUCACUUCAUAGAUUUUAAGAGCAGGAGUUCAUACUGCCAUUUAAAGGUGUGUCGAAUCCACCUCCCUGCUUUUGUGGGACUAUUUGUUUCUGGCAAAAGCUGAAGAGAGGAUAGGGACUUUUGGGGAGAAAGCGAAAUGCUAAAAAUUUUGAGAGGGGAACUUACCUUUAAACAUGAGGUGGCUGAGGGCUUUGUCUUUUUUCCUUUCUUUUACAAAAAAAGAGAGUAAAGACUACCUUGCUUAUCUUUUUUCCUGUUCACCUACCAAAGGAUUACACACAUUUCUCGUAAGUAUGGAGGCACAAGUGAGGCACAGCUGGGUAUAUUUGCAAAGAUGGGGGCUCAGCCAUUUUAUGUUUCUUUAUCUCAGGAGAUCAUGGUGCAGCUUGAAACCUCCAAGCACAUAAAAGUCUCUCCUUUGAGUGUCUAGUCACAUCUCUCAUGCUCCAUCUCAAAACUUUGCAGAUGCAGACAUGGAUGGUUUGGCUAACACAAAGGAUGAGGAGCAAUUCAAUUCAAUUUGCAUUUUAAGGAAAACUUGUCUCAUUCGCACUUUCUGAAACAAUAUGCAAACCAAGACACAGCUAUCCUUCAAAAUGCGCACUUCUCCAAAUUUUACAAUGCAAUCCUCCACUGCAUAUAAAUGCAUAUAUUAGUGAAAAUAACAUGCAAAAAUGCAUUAUAUUAGGAUAAUUACUUUCCAUUUUUUAAAAAGAAAUCACAAACUGUUGUGGAAAUGUGGAGGACUGGACUUAAGAUUGGAAAAAUGUGAGAAACCAAAAUUGGGGUAUUCACUCAUCCCUAACACACACCAACAGCCUUUUUUCUCUCCCCCUGCUGUCCUUGGGUACUUUAGCCUGAUGAAGAGUUCUGGAAACCUCAGAUGCUUGUACACUAUUUUAUGCCAUUUUGGUUGGCAUAAUAAAAGUACUACCCUAAUAUGGACUUUGAAAUUAAAGAAAAAUUUACUACCACUUGAAGUGGGAACAGUCCGGUAGUGCUCCCUUAGAACAACAGUGCUGUUAUGCCGUAGCAUCAUUUUCAAAGGCAUUCUUUGGGGGGGGGAAUGGCUGCCCAAAUUGGCAGGAGUUAAUGUAGUAGUUCUACAAGCUCUUCUGUUCCUUCCUUGCUCCCGACAGCAUGACUUACUGUCUUAUUCAGACCAGGCUUGCAGCCCACUGGAUGAUAAGCAAAACUUAAAGGGGACCGAGCUUCAGUGAGAAUAAUUCAGGAGCAGUGAGUUUUGGCAAUAACUCAAAAUCUCUAGAUUAUAUUUUGCAAGACAUCCUUCACAAUAGACUAGAAAAUUUGUAUGAACCUAGGACAGGACAUCCUGGGUUGGGUUGAAAGGGGAGCUUAGGCACCAAAAAGACAUUCCAUCCCAUAGAACUUGAAUGCUCUGGAAGACUUGCUAUUACAUUACUGAAGUUAUGUGAAAUAUCUUACAUGAAAAUGUACCCAAAGUUCAGAUCCUUUUUGAUAGUGUGUACUUGGAAGAAUAAAUAAAAAUGUUUCAAAAUUGACACAUGACAUUUAUUUUGUGUUUUGGCAUCAGAAGUCAAGAAAAUAGGUGUCACUGUUCUUCAUCUUUGGAUUAAUCUGAGACGGGGUUUGCAGGAACAAUACAAAGAUCAUGCA